ACUGACCUCACAUUGUGCAAAACUUUCCCCUGUUCACCUUUAACUGCACAGUUAUCUAUGCACAUCCCUAAGCACAUGGUGGUCGGAAUAGCUGCAGCAAUUUGUCUAAAGCAACUAAAGGUUUUAAUUUACAGCAAACCUUUGUUAUGUCAAAAACAAAACCUUGCAAAGCUUAAAUGGCCUUACUCUUUUACCAGUGGCUAUUGUACAAUAUGGGAAUGCACUUUUAAUGACUGCACUGUUCUUUAAUUACCCUUUAGGGUCAUGCUGCAUAUGUUUGCAGCAAUAAUCUACUGCUGACAAAGAGAUCAGUGCAUGGAGCUCCAAUGAAGCCAUAUGAGGACAAUGUGCGCAGAGAGGGGACAUCACAGCAGGUGGCCAGUGUUGUGCAACCAGAACCUGCCAUGCUGCAUGAGGACGAGUGGGAUCUCGAGAUUCCUGUAGUGGAUGCGAUGCUGCCUGCCAAUUGCCAUUCAGCACAGCCCAGCUGUGUCCUUGGGCCUCGUGCACAGGUGCCAGGCACCGAGGAAGCUGAUGGUGUGCCUUCCACAAAUGAGCCUGUCCCAGUACCUACUGAGCUGGGUGUGGAAACACCAUUGUUCGUGCCAGUUGAUGGAAAGUUGUUGAAACAGCCAGUGGAGCAGUGCUCUGAAAGGAAACAGAUGCUGAUGUACUAG